AUGUCGCGAGCUUACACGGCACCUCGCCCCUACACGGUGCUCAUGAAGUGUUCUCCGUGCUCCAAACUGCAACUUUCAGAUGCACUUCUGACGCCCUACAUCUCUGAAUGGGGUCCCAUGGUUCUGCCUUUCCUUUCCAAUCUUCUUGACGAGGAGAGCCACCAGGACUUCCGAAGCCUCCAAGCCAAGUUCCAGGCCUCUCAGUCACAGUCUGGCGAACUCCCCAGAAAACCCCCCAAACCUGAGUUCAACAAAAACAUGAAGCCUCCACAGCCCCAGUUGGGUGAGCAGCCCAGUAAGUCACUGCCACCUGAGGUCAUCGCAGUGUCCUUGAAGCCCCUGCAGCUCCAGGUUUCUGAUCUCUCCAAGAAACCCCUGCAGCCUGAGUUCACAGACCUGAAGUUCACACAGCCAGAGGUUGCUGGUUUCCCCAAGAAGCCCCCAAAGCCUGAGUUCACUGAUCUCCCCAAGAAGCCCUCCGAGUCUGAGCCCACAGAUCUCCCAAGGAAGUCCCCCAAGCCCCAGUUUGCUAGGCUCCCCAAGAAGCCCCCCAAACCUGAGUUUGGUGAACUCUCCAAGAAGUCCCCACAGCUUGAGAUACCUCAGAAGGUCUUGCAGCAGGAGCCCCUGAAGCCCAACCUCAGCAACCCUACCAGGACCCCUUUAGAACUCAAACCCAGUGCACUCCCCAAGUUCUUGCAGCCUGAGUACAGUGAGGCCCCUCUGGGGCCCUCGCAGUUUGAGUUUCCCAAGAAGCCACCGCAGCCUCAGGCUGGUAGCUUCCCUAGAAAGUCCCUGACACAGGCUGAGUCCAGCAAGUUUCCUCAGACAACCUGCUCCAAGUCCGAGUCCAGUGAGCCCUACCCCCACACCCCGAAGCCUGACUUCUGUACCCGUCCCACAAAGUCUCCACAGUGUGAGUUCAAUGAGAACCUCAGGAAGACCCAGCAGACUCCCCCUAAGUCCCCACAGCAACCUGAGUUAUAUGAAGUCCCUCAGACGCCUCCUUGGAAGUCUGAGUCCUGUGACCCCCAACCUCACUCCCCACAGCCGGGCUUCAGUGCAUUUCCCAAGAAGCAUUCACAACUCCAGCUAAGUGACCUUACUAGGACAUCCUCAGAGCCUGAAGUCUGCACGGUUCCCAAGAGGCCACGGCAGCCUGAGUUCAAGGUGUUUUCCAAGAAGCCCCUGCAGCCUGAGCUGGGUCACCUCCCCAGGACAUCCUCAGAGCCUGAGUUUGGCUUGCUCCCCAGGAAGUUUUUGCAGCCUGAGAGGCAGGGAAAACCCCGCAAGCUCUCCCAGCCUGAGCUCAAGAAGACCCUGCAUCCAGAGUUCAAGGGUCUUCCUAGAAAACCCCAGCUUCCUGGCUCAGUUUCUGAGAGCUCCCUGCCCACUGCCAUCACAGGCUCCAGCCCUAGGUUUGGAGCUACUGGGAGACCCCGCUGGAGGUCAGAAGACUUCCAUGUCCCGCACCCACCCCAGCGGAGGCCUCUGCCGUCAGUCAGCAGUCUGGGAUCUCCCCCAGUCAAGCCCCCACUUCCCCCAGGCCCCAUCAAUAUCCAGAGCUUCCGGAGAGCUUCAGCAGGAACCACAGCUGUGCAGAGGACCGGUUUGUCUGCUGGGACCCACUUCCAAGCCCAACGUCCUCAGCACAUCCUUCAGGACUCAGAUGAGAUCUAUGAGCUGUAUGAUGAUGUGGAGCUCACAGAUGACUCCAGUCCCAGCCCCAGGGGAAGAGAUGAAGUGCAGUCCACCCAACAAGUCACCAGGAGGCUGCAGCAGGAUUCAGAACUUAGGAAGGAAAAGGCCACUCAGGCACAGCAGUUGCCACCCACAGACCCCAAGUUGUUGAAGCAGAUCAGGAAGGCAGAGAAAGCUGAAAGAGAGUUCCGGAAGAAGUUCAAGUUUGAAGGGGAGAUUGUAAUUCAUACAAGAAUGAUGAUUGACCCCAAUGCAAAGGCCAGGCGUGGGGGCGGCAAGCACCUGGGCAUCCGGCGUGGAGAGAUCCUGGAGGUGAUUGAGUUCACUAGCAAGGAUGAGAUGCUGUGCCGGGACCCCAAGGGCAAGUAUGGCUAUGUACCCAGAACGGCACUGCUGCCUCUGGAAACGGAAGUGUAUGACGAUGUUGGCUUCUGGGAUCCUCUGGACUACCAACCAUUUCCAUAA